CAACCCGGGCGAGAGGUGGCUCUCGGCACCGGCUACUCCGCUGCUGAAAGCUUGCCGCUCCUUACUCCCGAGUCCACUUUCCGGAUCCCCGCCACCCGGACAGAACCGGAGGGAGGGAGGGCGCCGGUCAGAAGGAAAGAGAACGGAAAGCCGGCAGUGGCAUCCUGGCCUCGGGAGGGCGGAGCAGCGCGAUCCCUGCUCCGCCUGGACGCGCGGAAGUGCUGUGGAGUUUGCUCAAUUCCCUAGCCUGCUUUCCCUCCCUCUUACCUCCCUCCCGCUCUCCCCACCCUUCACCUCCCCUUAUUGCUUUCCCCUCCUUCCUCUGGACGCCACCUCCUGGACUCCUUUUUCUUUUUCCUUUUUUUUUUUUUUAAUUUUUGUUUUGUUUUGGACCUGACUUCCCGCAGGCAGCGCUUGAGGGGCUGCAAGUGCGGUGUGGGAAGGCGGCAGAAAGCUGGGGCUCAGUUUAUCCUUCUUGGGCGGCAUCCACAAGGCGUCGCGGAGAACGAACUGCGGGGGACGGACGAACAAACAGCCGGCCGCGCCAUCUAUUCGAUGGAACUUCAUCUACCAACUACUGUUGAGUGUUUGCUGGCACGACAGUGGUGGGGGUGGUGAUGGUGGAGGUUUCCAUUAGUGUUACUUCUGGACAGGGGAUUUGAGACUCCGAUUGGGGUCAGUUUAGUACUCCGAAACUGCUGAGGAAUUAAGCAAACAAAAGAGGGAGGGAGGGAGAGAAAGAGAGAGAGAGAGAGAGAGAGAGAGAGAGAGAGAGAGAGAUCCUCUGAGCGGAUUGUCGCGUCCCUUGUUCUCUGGGGGUAGGGGCUAGCCACUUGCAGGGCGGGAAGAGGGCACCAGAGCGGACGGGGAAGAGGGCACCAGAGCGGACGAGGCGGGGUCGCGCCCCCUAGGUCGUGUAGUUAUCCGCCGGUUGUGCAAGCUUUGGCCCUUGUUUUCCCGGCCUGGCUCGUUUGGAGGCUGGACACAUCCACCCUUGGAAUUGGUUCAGGACUCUGCUGUUAUUCUUCUUGCCCCUCUUGGAUUUUCUGGAUUCUUGAAGACGCAGUGGCGCGGGAGGAGAGAGGAAGGAGGAAAGAACAGAUCUUCAGAGGAAUGUGAGAGCCUCCCAAAGCCGGAGCAGCCAGAGGAGCUGGGAGCCUGGGAGGCAGAACCUUGCUUGCAUUCCUGGGACCGUGGUCCGCGGCUGAUUUUUUGUUGUUCUUGUUGUCGUUGUACAACAUUGUUCUAGUGCAAAGGGUCUGCCGCAUUCUUAUUCUAGCAGAGCUAGCUUCUCCAGUCCAUUUGACUUUUCUACUUGGUGUGAGAGGAGGGAGAGACUUCCUCCCUCUCAGGGGCUGCUAGGGAAGGGAUAAAAGACUGUGGCCAUGUCCAACACCUCCCUGCUUACAGGUAGAUACACCAGGGCUGGAUAAGGCGGUUUCUGGACCAUGGACAUUUCUUUGAAGAGAAAGCAACCAGACCGCAUCUUGUGCAUGCUGAGACUCUGCCUGAGGGUCUGAGUAAGGUGUACCAGACUUUGAGCUGCAAGUACAUUUUUGGACACCCUGCUGAACAUCUUGGGUCUGGGCAAGGCAUUUCCCUUCUAAUCUUGACCUGUCCGGUAGCCUAGCCAUGGCACUGAAAGGCCGAGCCCUCUAUGAUUUCCACAGUGAGAACAAGGAAGAAAUCAGCAUCCAGCAGGAUGAAGACCUAGUUAUCUUCAGUGAGACCUCACUGGAUGGCUGGCUGCAGGGACAAAACAGCCGUGGGGAGACAGGGCUCUUCCCUGCUUCUUACGUUGAGAUUGUCCGUCCUGGCAUCAGCACCAACCAUGUGGACUAUGCCAGCAGCUCUGCAGUCUCCCUGGACACGGAAGUGAGUUUGUAUAAGAACCCUAGUAUGACCAACACAGUCAAGAGUGAUGGGGGCAGUGACGUCCUCCCAAACCAAGGAAACUUUGAAGAGGAUGAUGAUGAUGACUGGGAUGACUGGGAUGAUGGAUGCACAGUGGUAGACGAGCCAAGGGCUGGUGGUCUAGGUACCAAUGGGCACCCUCCACUUAACCUUUCCUACCCGGGUGCCUACCCCAGCCAGCAUAUGGCUUUCCGACCGAAGGCACCCUUGGAAAGGCAAGACAGUCUGGCAUCUUCCAAGCGGGGCAGUGUGGUGGGACGUAACCUCAAUCGUUUCUCGUGUUUUGUGCGCUCUGGAGUAGAGGCUUUUAUUCUUGGUGAUGUGCCCAUGAUGGCCAAGAUUGCUGAGACAUACUCCAUUGUGAUGGGCCCUCGUGGCCCUCAGUGGAAGGCCAACCCCCACCCAUUUGCCUGCUCCGUAGAGGAGCCCACCAAACAGACCAAGUUCAAAGGCAUCAAAACUUACAUCUCCUAUAAGCUUACACCCACCCAUGCUGGCUCACCUGUUUACCGGCGCUACAAACACUUCGAUUGGCUCUACAACCGCCUGCUACACAAGUUCACUGUAAUCUCUGUGCCCCACUUGCCUGAGAAGCAGGCCACUGGGCGCUUUGAGGAGGACUUCAUUGAGAAGCGCAAGCGAAGACUCAUCCUCUGGAUGGACCACAUGACUAGCCACCCUGUGCUCUCUCAGUAUGAGGGCUUCCAGCAUUUCCUCAGCUGUCUAGAUGACAAGCAGUGGAAGAUGGGUAAACGUCGGGCAGAGAGGGAUGAGAUGGUGGGUGCCAGCUUUCUGCUCACCUUCCAGAUCCCCACAGAGCACCAGGAUCUGCAGGACGUAGAGGACCGGGUGGAUACAUUCAAGACUUUCAGUAGGAAGAUGGACGAAUGCGUCCUACAACUUAGCACCGUGGCAUCGGAGAUGGUGCGGAAGCAUGUGGGAGGCUUCCGCAAGGAAUUCCAGAAGCUAGGAAAUGCCUUCCAGGCCAUUAGCCAGGCCUUCCAGAUGGAUCCUCCCUUUAGCUCUGAGGCCCUCAACAAUGCCAUUUCUCACACCGGCCGGACCUAUGAAACUGUUGGUGAGAUGUUUGCUGAACAGCCCAAGAAUGACCUCUUCCAAAUGCUUGACACACUGUCUCUCUACCAGGGCCUGCUCUCCAACUUUCCUGACAUUAUCCAUCUGCAAAAAGGUGCCUUUGCCAAGGUGAAGGAAAGCCAGCGCAUGAGUGAUGAGGGCCGCAUGGCUCAGGAAGAGGCAGAUGGCAUUCGCAGGCGCUGCCGUGUGGUAGGCUUUGCCCUGCAGGCUGAGAUGAACCACUUCCACCAGCGCCGUGAGCUUGACUUCAAGCAUAUGAUGCAAAGCUACCUGCGCCAGCAGAUCCUUUUCUACCAGCGGGUGGGUCAGCAGCUGGAGAAGGCGCUGCGCAUGUAUGACUAUCUCUGACCCUUCUGGCCACAUAUGUAGGUCCUCUUCCCACCAGGACCUGGCCGCUGCGGUCCACCCCACUUCAGGCUUCCCUGUCCCUAGCAGUGGAUGUUCAGGAGUGGGUUAGGCGAGUGGCCUGUUAGAAGAGAAGGGACUUUUGAGAAGUCCUGUUACCCCUGGAGAAGUCUUCCCUCACUUUAAGAUGGAUGAAUGGAGGUAGAAGUCCUCUGAGCCAAAGUCUGGGCUGCUGGUCAGUCCCUAGAAAACAGACUUUCCUGGAGCCUAUAGUGCAUGCUCAUCUGGCCACCACACCCUGUUCAUUCCCUGGGCUCCACGGACUGCUGUGGCCAUGACUGAGACAUUGGUGACCAAGACUGGAACAUGCCUGUCCUGCAGGAGCCCCUUUUCAGGAUGGUAUCAGACAAUGCAGUGUGACAGUGCCACUUAAGGAUUCAUGGAAACUCCUUGAAGGGACCACAGAACUGUGCUGGCCAGGGAACAUUCCAUGGAGUAGGUGACAUACCAGAAAUCUCUUGAAGACUUACAAGGACCUACAAGACAGUAAAUGGGGUGAAGGACAUUUUGGAGAGAGGACCGGUGUUGAGUCUCCUCUCCCUUACCUUUCCCAAAUGAAUGUGCGGUCCUCUCCAUGGGUUGUGAACUGCAUAACAGAGGGAGGGAUCAUCCUUGCUCCUUGGUCCCUGGCUUUCCCUGCCCCACCCAUGCUUCUGCAGGAGGGACUGCAGGCCAACUCCCUCCUAUAAGUCUUAAACUCCCCUCAUCCUGGUUUGGGGGGGGGGGCUUACUGAUUAGGGCACUAUGCAGCAACUUUCCCUUCUGUGGGCUCAAGAUGCUCAAGCCACAAAGCACUGAGCCUUGGUGGUGCCUUCCUGGAGGGAACUCUCGAAAGUUACUAGCGGUAAUUCCCUAUUCUCCUAGCAGGUCCAGGUCCCCAGUUCCCAGGGGCCUUUGCUUCUGUGGGCUGAUCUUAAAUCCUCAUUGCACAGUGGAAAGUCUGAGAGAAAGACUCUGGGGACUUUAGACCUCCUGCCCCUGGGCAGGCUCACCUAUGUUUACAUCCUCCAGGAGACACUGCCCCUUUCCUCUUCAGGCCAGGAAGUGACCCCGUGCCCCCUUGCCUUCCUGGGAAGUCACGGCCUGCUCCUGGGUCCUGAUGCUUGACUCUCUUUUCUUGAUAAACGUUUUACAGUCACUGUAACA